CUCUCAUCUUCUUCAAUUUUCUCAGGGCAUUGGUUUUUUGAUUUAUUAGACUCUUUUCAAAGAAAACUCAGCAACAUGUUGGAUGUGGUGAAGCUAUGUCUUGCGCCUUGCUGUUCUUGCUUCCAGAGUCCAGUUGUACGUGAGGACAUGAGCUAUGUGUUUUGCACCAAAGAGAAACUUGAUAGAUUAGAAAGUGCCAUGACAGAUCUAAGAGCCAAGAAGGAUGAUAUUGAGAGAGAGCUUAAUCUCCCUCAACACAGAGGAAAACAACCCACUAAUGAACUUCAACGCUGGGUUCACAAGGUUGGAGAAACAGAUGAGAAGGUAACACAAUUGCUGGAUGAAUAUAGCAAAAGAAGUUGUGUUACAGGCCCUUGUUUUCUGAAUUGUAUUUCAAGGUAUAGCAUUAGCGAGAAGAGCAAUCAAUUUAUUAAAUGA